AGUCAAAGCCUCAACCAAGUUUCCAACUCCUCCUCCGGCGAAACCACGGCAGCCAUGGAGGAUUCGAAUAACCACCAAUCAACCUCCUCCGCCGCCACCGCCACCGCCGCAGCAAAUCCAGCAUCAUCCAUUGUAUCAUCAUAUCAAUACUACACUAAAAUCUUUCGCCAACGCUUCCUUGGUUUGUUCCCUUCAUUAUCCCACUUUAAACUUGGUGAAAAAAUCACUUUUCUUGAUCAAAUUUACCAACGUAAUAUUGUUCUCCCUUCCUUCUCAUCCACUCGAAAACGCGCCACGUGUCUCCCUCUUCCUUUGCCCUCUCCCUCUCUUGAUUCCUCCUUCAAGGUAACACCCGAGGCAUCUAAAGUAUAUCAAGUUUUAGAAGACAUAGUGGAACACAUGUUCUUCAAUUUGCACAGUAUUCAAAAGAAUUUGCAGUUCUGGCUUGAUAGAUCACAGGGAUCAGAUUCUCAGAAAGUAUACUUUAUGGUUUUUGAGAGAGGGCCUCGGGCGUUUCUUGAUGGGUCUGGACAAUUAAUACAUGACUAUGUCUUUAAAGGUGAUGGAGUGCAGAAUGUUUCUGCUUCAGCCUCUGCACAUAUUUCAGAGAGGAUAAGUGUCUUAACUAGCUUGAGAUAUUCUUUGGCUACAUUUUUAGCACAGGUGUUUAUGGAGGUUGACAAAUUUGGGGAGCAAAUCUUACAAGAGCCUGAGAAGUCAUUGGCUUCAGUACUAGGCACUAUAAAUGGCUUAUUCAUAAAUUUGGAAGCAACUAUUGGCCAUGUUAGUGCACUUCGUCAGGUUGGCUCUUCUGUUGAUGGGAGCUAUUCAUCACCUUUGUUGUUUGAGAAACUGCCAGAUAUAAACCUGGAAGAAUCUCAAUGGACUGAUUGUGCUAUUAGAGAUGCCAUCAAUAUGAUUUAUUCAAAUCUGAACAAGCUAGAUGUGUACCUGUCUCUCUUGGUUGCGAAACACCAAAAACCAAGGAAUAUAACUCGAAACUGGAUGCGUUAUACUUUUGGAGCUAUAGGAUUUUCUAUGAUUUCGUUAUGGCUUUUUCGCCAUAGUAGAUUGGGUGGAAGUUCUGACAUUGAUAAUUGGAUUCUUGAAGCAAAAAGCUCAAUAAAUAGCUUUUUGAAUGACCAUGUAGAGCAACCGCUUCUAGCUAUACGGGAUGAGCUUUUCGAGACAUUUAGAAAAAGGCAUAGGGGAGUGAUGGAACUCGAAGAAGUUCAAUUAACUUCUAAUUCACUACACAGAAUGUUGUUGGCAUUCAGUGAGCAGACUAAAGGUCAAAAGUUCCCAGAAAAUAUAUCAGAUCAGGAAAUGCUUGAGAUAGUAAUGGGCAGAUAUGAGAAGGAGCUUAUGCAUCCAAUACAGAACCUUCUUGGGGGAGAACUUGCUCGUGCAAUGCUUAUCCAAAUUCAGAAGCUCAAACUUGACAUUGAAACGGCAAUGCUUGAGCUCAACCAAAUAUUGAAGGCCAAUGAGAUAAACUUUGCCAUCCUUGCUGCUUUGCCAGCAUUUUUUAUUUCCGUCGUUGUGCUCAUGUUAUUGCGUGCAUGGGUUAAACAGGACACUAGGGCAGAGGGCAGAGGGAGAAUUGCUCGAGUGCAAAGAAGGCUAUUGAUUGUGGAAGUUGAGAAAGGGAUUGUUCAGUUCCAGAAAUGCAUUGAUCAGGGGCAGGAAAGAGAUGCUCAAUGUAUGUAUGGACUGGUUUUGUGUACAUUGGACCGUCUUUACAGAGCAGUUGAGAGGCAUGCAAAGGAGACUGGCGAAUGGUCGAGUUUGAGUCAGGAUAUAUGUGAGUUGGGGAAGCCAAACCUUCAGACUACCCAUAAGCUCAUGGUCACCUCGCGUAUGGAACGUAUGUAUGAUUGCUUGCUUCCGUCGCUGCGUCACUAGUGACCUGCCCUUAUCCGCUGGCUGUCAUUGAAUAAACUUUGAUAUGUUUGAUAUCAUCAAUGGAACAUAAGGAACAGAUACAAGCUUUGGAAUUGUUACUUGGAGACUUUACAGAAUUACAGCUAUUGUUACACUCGGUGAUACCAGUGAGAAAUGUGAUUUUAUGCUUGAGCUGGAACAAGUAGUAGCUAUUUUCUUAAUUGUCUUCCACUGGGAUCAAAAUUUUGGAAAGUGUAGACGUGAUCUUAUGCUUGAACAAGAACUAGUAGAUAUUCGGUUAAUUGUCUUCCAUCGGGGUCAAAAUUUUGGAAAGUGUAGAGGUUUUUAUGUUGCAUUUCUGCGGGAUUCAAAUUGUGUUAAUAAGCAUCUAAAAUCAUAACUCAAAUGAUAACAGUCUUUGGAUGUAUCUAUUAAACAUGUACAUAAGUCUUUUUUGUGAUGUUUAA